AAAUCAAAAAGCAUGACAUCAGCCUACGCUUUUUUCAUGAAAGCUACAAGAGAAGAAUUAAAGAAAAGUUCUUCUAGCAUGUCUAACUCAGAGUUUUCUAAGCAUGUUUCGGAAAAAUGGAAAAGUCUAUCUGUCGAAAAUAUGAAAACGUAUGAAGAAAUGGCAUCCCGGGAUUCGAUUAGAUACCAGGAAGAGAUGGCCAACUAUGCACUCUCCGAUGGUGAGAAAGCGAAAAAUCACAACGCACCAAAGACUGCCUGGUUUCCAUAUGUCUAUUUUGCAAUGGAAGAAAGACCGAAAAUUAAAGCGGAAUUUCCGAAAAUGCGCUUCACAGAAAUAGCCAAAGAGUUGGGUAAGCGAUGGAAAAUAUGCCCUAAUAAAGAAAUAUUUGAAGCAAUGGCUGCCAAGGACAAAGAAAAACAUGAAAUGGAGACAGUUGCAUCUGAUGAGUCUGCAGCAGUAAAUCAAGCAGUUUCAAAAGAUCCA